UAAUUCCUGAUUUAAGUAUCAAUACGCUAAAAACAUUUUACAAAAAUGAGACAACAAAUUGUUAUUUUCACUGUUUUCCUAAUAAUUGGCAGUGUAUUUGCUGGAGUUAUUCAAGAAUUUAAGUUGAAGGAUGACACAAUAAUUACCGUCCAAGCCACAAACAACACCAAAGUUCCAAGUAUAGUUUGGACCGUUGAUGCCGUAGAAUGUCUAAAAGAAGCCAUUACAGUAUACGCUGAUGAACCUUUGAGAGCCAGUGCUUAUUUGGAACUUUUCCAAGCUAAACACCCUGGUAACUGGAGUGUUGCUGUUGGAUAUACCACACUCAUCUCCGAUUCAGACCUUUACGUUGAAACUACUGUAUCUGGUGGGGGCAAAAAAGACAAAACUGGAGUUCUUUAUAGGAUUUUUAAUUAAAUUAUUAUGACUAAAUUUGAUUUUUUUAUAUAAACAAUUUUAAAGCUAAUGUGAAUUCUCUUUUAAAUGUAUAAAUACAAAUAAAGAAUAGGACAUAAAUAUAC